UAUAUAUACCUGUCAGAUUUCUGUCAGGAUAGUCCAAAUCGAAAUGUUGUCUAAAUUGGGUUGUCUGUUGUUUGUUCUCUCCUUUGGGAACAGCUUUUGUUCAAGCCAGGAUGAUCUGCCUGAGAUAGACACACCUUUGGGCAGAGUUCAAGGAUAUUGGAAGACAAUACAAAGCAUAACUUAUGCUGCUUUUGAGGGAAUCCCGUACGCAAAACCACCAGUGGACGAUCUGAAGUUCGAGGAACCUGAACCCAUUCCAGCUUGGUCAGAAACUUUGGUGGCCAACGCUCCUUAUUCAUGUCUCCAAGGUCAAAUACUUUCCAGUGAUGAAACUCUAUCUGGAGCCGAAGAUUGCCUCUAUUUAAACGUGUACAUCCCCGAAGAUUCCGUGAAGAAUCCCAAAGCCCUUGACGUUAUAGUUUCAAUCCACGGAGGUGCCUUUAUGGCAGGCAGCGGAAGCUCAGAUUUGAAUACGUUCCUAGAAAAGGAUGUCGUGCUUGUAUCUUUUAAUUACCGUGUUGGUAUUCUAGGAUUCCUUAGCACGGAAGAUGACGUCAUACCCGGAAACAACGGCUUGAAGGACCAAGUCUUAGCACUCAAGUGGGUCCGGGACAACAUCGCCUCGUUUGGGGGAAACCCCGACUCCGUUACCAUAGUGGGCUUGUCAGCGGGAGGCGCCAGCGUCCACCUCCACUACUUCUCCCCCCUCUCGAAAGGUUUAUUCGCCAGAGGGAUGUCGCAAAGCGGCUCAGCUCUAGCACCUUGGGCAAUCAGGAAGAACGCCUUGCAGAGUGCCAAGAAACUUGCUGUGUUGGUGGGCUGUCCCGACAGCCCCUCUGAAGAACUGAAGAAGUGCUUUAAGCAGACACCAGCGGAAGACUUGCUGAAGCAGUUGAAAUAUUUCCGUGGUUACGGCAUCAUGCCAUUCGCGCCUUUUGCACCAGUGGUGGAAAAAAGAUCACCAAACGCUUUCCUAGAUACAGAUCCUUUCCAGCUCAUGAUUGAAGGUAAAGUCCACGAUGUGCCUUGGAUUGCCGCCUACACUACUGGUGAAGGAUUGCUUGUUACAGGAUUUCUUUUGGAACAGUUGGAAGAGGUAGAUGAAAAGUGGGUAGAAAUAGCUCCCUAUCUAUUGAAUUGCAACGAUACUCUAUCCGCAUCAGAUAAGGAGACAGUAGCGAAGGAAGUUUUAGACUACUAUUUGGGACCAGGAGAAAAAAUCGAUAAGAAGAAUUUCAAGAAAUUUACACAGAUUAUCACUGACAGGUUGUUCGCGGUUCCUGCAGAAUUAUCAGUUAGACUGCAAGCCAGUGUAACGAAAUCUCCAGUAUAUCACUACAUAUUCAAUUAUACCGAAGGUGUAAACAGAGUGGUAUAUUACUUAAUGGGAACAGAUGAUAUAGAAGGUGCGUGUCACGGUGAAGAUGGCAUCUACUUUUAUGGUUUAUUACAGUUUAAACCAUUAUCGGAUCAGGAUAAAGGCUUGGUUACUGCUUGCCAGAAUAUAUUGUACUCAUAUGCCAGCAGCUGUAAUCCUUCUUUCGAUGGGACAGACGUUUGGCAACCAACAGGAUCUGAAGGGCUGACAUACUUGUUCAUAAAUGGACCAGGAGACAUGAAGCUGCACAGGAAUGAAGGAUUGACACCAAUUAAGUUUUGGAGCAGGCUUGGUCUCCUGCACAAUUAAAACCUUAAUGUAAAAAAUAAACUGUAGAUUUAUAGUUACAUAUAUGAACUAUAAAAAUAUCUAACGAGAUAAAAAAUACUUGAUUUCAUCGCUUUGCUUAUUGUUAUAAUAAUUGUUUUAUUAAUAUUAUAGUAGAAUAGUUAGACUUCGCCUGUAAUCAAUAUCUAUACUUUUAAAUAAAGACUAUUAUUAAAUAUUA